UAAAACAGGCCCAUUCUGAAUCAUUCGAGCAUUAGUGACUCUUUUGAGUCUGUUCUUUUCAGUGAAUCAGCCAAAUGGUUACGCAGAGUCUGCAGUCUGAAUUAGGGAUACUUCAGAACACAGAAGAUAAAGAGGACAUUUACCUACCAUCAGCAGAAAUAAAAAGUUCUUCCUGUUUGCGCAAGGGCCUGUACUGAGAAGUACCAUGAAAGGACCGCUGUUACUGCAUUUACUUUUCCUAGGUGUGUUGUUGUAUGAUGCUUUGGCAUGGGAUGUGAGAAUGCCAAAAGUCAUUCGCGGCCUCAGAGGUUCCUGCUUGGUUAUACCAUGUUCUUACUACUACAGCUCAAACCCACCCAAAAACCCACAUAGAGUUGUGUGGUAUCAGUGGGUUUCUCUGGGCUAUCCUUUAGUUUACGAUCCAUUGCAUCCAAAAUAUGUCAUUGAGAAGUUCAGAGGGAAAACGGAUUUAUUCGGAAGCUCAAGUUGGGAUUGCAGUCUGCUGAUCAAAAAUCUGGAGCAGGUCCAUCAUGGACAGUUAUUAUACGCAUGGAUUGACCCUGAAAAUGUUAGCUGGCGCACCUACAAGUUUUAUGAUGUCACCUCCGCAAUUCUUGUUGACGCAAGUCCACAGCAGCCCAGCAUCAAGAUCUAUGGAGGUGUACGGACGGGUGACACCAUCACAGUAGUGUGUUCGACUUUACACACGUGUCCAUACAGCAAACCAAACAUCACUCUCAACAACAUUGAAGGAUCUGAUGAAACAGACAAUGAGCAUAUUGAAGACGGCCUGUGGAAAAUCACUCUGACGCGCACAUGUUUCACAAUUGCAGAAAACGCCACUAUUGAGUGUUCAGUAACAUAUUAUGGCGGCAUAACAGUUACAGCUAUGAAGAGAAUAAAUGCUCAAUCCCCAAGCAAUGAAGAAGCAGACGUGCCCAUUCCAGUUAAGACUGAUUGGCUUUACAUCCUAGUGCCCUCACUUGUGUGCAUCCUUGCUUGCAUACUUGCUGGUGUCAUACACAAGAUUCGACACAGACGGACCCCUGGUGAUAUGCAAGGAUCUGAACAGAAGGUUGAGGCAUCGCUAGUGAGGGAAAAAGUGACAUUGCGUAUUGGGGGCCCAUAGCUAUUGGAAGGUCCACAACGAUCCCUCAAGGGUGCCUUAAGCAAUUCAUACCGAAAAACUUUUCUACCGGCUGCAAUUUUGAGCAGGGAGGACUGUCUUCUCACACUCCAGACUGCUGAAUACUGUACAGAGCACCCGGAAAACCCAGCGACACCAAGGUCUGCGGUGAUGGAGAUCACUUGCACAAAGAAGUGUCAUGUUAGCAGAAUGAAUUUGCAGGCACUUGGUCUCAUUCACUAAAAACUCCAAACAAACAUCAUUUUGGCCUUAUUUGGCAUUUAUCCGAAAAUGAAGUUUUUUUUUUUUUUUUUAUUUCAAAUUUUUCUGUAGAAGUAUAUCUGGGCCUUAACCGUGCAUAUGCAUGGAUUUGUGCAUAAAAUCUGUGCGUUAAUCAACUUUUGUACUAAAAUUUAUUCUAAAUUUAUGAAAAACCGUAGGAACACCUGAAACCACUGAUACAAAGAUCUCAUACUCUGCUACACAUGGUCAUUUAGAACACUACAAUUACAUUAUCAUUAUGACGAGGAUAAGAGCAAAUUGUGAAUUAAGUGGGAAGUUCUCCCGUGUGAAAAAAUACGAAUAAUCCACAUUAAUUAUUCCCUAUUAGUGAAUAAGACCCACUGUCUGUCAUGUCUUUGAUUAUCAGUUGUAACAUACACACCAAAUGUUACAUUUUUUAAUAAGUAACAUUUUCCAACUGAUCCUUAAAAAAAAAAUAAAAAAUCCAACAUAUUUUUGCAUAUUUCGUUUUACUGAAAAAAUUGUAAAAAUGCAAUUUACAUAAAACUUUCAUUUGCAUGUCUUUUUAUUUUAUUAUAUUUGCUUGUCAUUUAAUUCAGUUACUCUUACUGGUUCAUCAACAAACCCUAUAUAAGUAUCACCAUCUUAAUUAAUCUUUUGAAACAGGAAAACCAGAUUUACGUAAUAAAUUUCAUAUGGUAA